AUGCCCUCAUGGAAUGUCUUUUGGAGGAGCUCGCAUUUCAGAAUGAACCCCGAAUCUUUCAAAAUUUCAUCGCGUACGCUUGGCCACGGCUUUGCUAAUCAGCAUCUGGCCGCUCCUGGACUCAUUAUUUUAUCCGUGCAGCGUAGGCUUGAGAGCUUGACCUGCUUGACCAGGUCACGUACUCAAUCCAGGGGCUGUGUUUUGGAGUCGGAGCGUUCCUGUCGUCAAGUACUUCUCGAUCGCAAAUAA